UUGAAUUUGGCCCAUUCAGCCUACCAUAGACUCCAGCUCACUUCCGUGUUCACGUCACAGUGAAAAACAAGCGCGCGCCACUUGGUUACCCAAACAAUCCGUUCACGAGAUUGACGAAUGUUGAGUCUGUCACAUACGAAUGGCUCCGUUCUUUACUGCUUUAACCUCCAAUGUAAUGUGAUAUGACAGGUCUGUACCAUAGACUGUAAAUAAAAGGUCUGUACGUAGGAUCUGUACUUGACUCGGAAUAAUGCAAAGUAAGGACGGAAAGCCAUACUCAGUAAAACCACGACAAAACACUGUUGGUGCUGGUCUAUCUAAACAGGUUUGCAAAGUCCACUCUAGAAAGAUUCCUUAUCGAGUUGGAUACAGCUGGAACAAGGGUGGGAGACUCAAGGAACUCCGAAUAAGGCACUUGGCAAGAAAGUUCGUCAAGAUAUGGAUCCAGAGGACGUUUGGCCGCAUUCUUCCCCAUAAAGCAAAGUCCCACUAUAACAGCGUGGUCCUAAGACGAGCCUUUGAAGGAUGGAGAGAUGAAUGGUGGACGUGCAGGAGGGAGUGGAGUCUUGCCAUGCGGGCUGAGUGUCACCACAGGUAUUAUCUGUGUAACUUGGUGUUCCAUCACUGGCAGAUGUUUGUGUCACUGCAGAGGGAAAAGAAGAACAAACUCCAAAAUGCUCAAUUGUUUGCUGACAGGAAAAGGAUGCGUCUAGUGUUGGACAGAUGGGAAGUUUUCACAGACCUGAAGUGCAUUAAGAAAAGGAUGCUUAGAUCUGCCCUAGAGCUAAACCGACUCACAACUCUGCAUUUAGCUUGGAGAUUGUGGCAGACUCGGCUGCAGCACCAGCAGAACUUGUACAGUUUAGAGAAACAAGCAUUAAAACAGAAGGAGAUAUCUUUACAGCACAAGGCCUGGUGUCAGUGGAAAGAAAAGCACACAGCAGCUCUUUGUCGGAAAGAUAAGGAAUCCAAAGCUGCACUUCACUUCAUCCUCAACUUGAAAAGAAAAACAUUGCACCGCUGGAAAUGUUAUGUGUCUUGUGUCCAAACCAAGAAAGGGUCACAAGCUGUUGCGCAGCAUGCCCACCACCAUCACCUGUUGCUGAUGUGUUGGAGCAAAUGGAAAAGUGUGUUGCUUGACAAACAGAAUGAGGAGGAUCGCCUGCAAGCUGCAGAGAGUUUAGCCUUACAGAACAACAAGCGCAGAGCACUGGAGCACUGGAGAGCUUAUAUAAUGCUGUGCAGAGAAGAUGCAGAAAAAGACAGGAUUGCAGCUCAACAUCAUCAUCAUCAUCUGCUGUGUGCUGGUUUUCAGGGACUUUCUCUCAACGUUAUCAGGAAAAAAACACAUCGACUGAACAACAACAUGGCUGUCCAACAGUAUCAUCAAACUAUGAAAACAAAGCAUUGGAGGCUGUGGGGUGAACGUCUGGAGGAGGCUGAAGACAGGAGUUUUCAACCCAUGACUGAAACAGCACUGACUAAAUACCGCACAUCCCUGCUGACCCGUUGCUUACAACACUGGAGAGAGAAACUAGCUGAACAGAGACACAUGCAGGAAUUGGAGCACCAUGCAGACCUUUGGUUUGCUGAACGCAUGGUGCCUCAGUGUUUCAACUCGUGGAAUGAAUUUGCUCUGCAGAGAAAGCUCAAUAAAGAGAGGAGACACAAGGCAGCAGUCUUUAAUCAACAGCGUCAGUAUUCAUGGGUGUUUUACACCUGGUGGGGACGAUCAGAGAAGCACAAGGAGCUGAUGCUCUCUGAGAGGAUGGCAAUCUUGCACGAGGAGCGAGGCCACCUGCAGAGAGCAUGGAGUCACUGGAGGCAGCGCACAGAGCAGCAGAUCAUAGAAGAGGAGAAACAAGAGGCUGCAGAGCUCCUGUACCAACACCGACUGCUUCACAAGACAAUGACGCAGUGGAAGGACAACAGCUCAGAGAUACGAGACAGGAGAAAUCGAGAGCAGAAGGCCUGUCACCAGGGCAACCUGAGCAACAUGAGAUGGGCUGUGGAAAAUUGGAAAAAGUUUGUUCGUAGCCAGCAUGUGAAAAAAGGCAAACUCCAGCAGAUGCAGUGUUACCAUGAAGUUAAACACCUAAAACACACAUUUGUGGCUUGGAAGGAACGCACCCUGCAGAUGUCUCGACUUUAUAGUCAUGCAGAGGAACUGCACAGACAACAAAAAGAGAACUCUUGCAGGAAGCUUCUCUGUGAUUGGAGAGGGAACACUGUGCUACUGGCAAAGGUCAGGUUCAUGGAGCAACAAGCACAGGAUCACUAUGGCCAUGUCCUUCAGCUUAAGGUGUUUCUUGCCUGGAAAGAAGCAACACAACACGCAGUGUCAAAGCACCUCCAGCAGAGGGAGGCAGUCAGCAGGGCUCAGAGGUCCAUAAAUGAAGUUCGGCUGCUGCGGACUUUCAGACAGUGGAGGAAGCAGACCAGGGCGGCUCGGAGAGAGAGGAUCUGCAUGGAAAAAGCCAGACGGCACCAUGAGUCCAAACUUCUUUCUAAAGCAAUGAAAGCAUGGAACAAGCAUCGCUGCAAGUGUCGUAAAAACAAGAUUAUGAAACGGCAGGGAAUAUUGUUACUGAGGUUAAAGAUGUACCAGACGUACUUCGAACAGUGGAGAAUAAAGCUGCAGCACAGACGGAGAGAUGCGCAACAGACGCAGCGAGCUCUCUGGCACUGGUCCCUCUCUCUGCAGGCCAAGGUACUGUGUGGAUGGCGGCUCUGGGUCACAGAGCAACGCAGGAAACAAGAGCAGGCCGCCAGAGCUGCAGAGGUUUACCGAGACCAGCUGCUCAGGGAGGGCGUGACGUGCAUCCUCACAUACGCUGCUCACAUGAGCGAUCUCACGACAAGCCUAACACAACACAGCGAAGAGCAGAGGUCCCGACAUCUGCAGAGAGUGGUGAAGCGCUGUGCUCUGCGUUGGAAGCAGCGAGCUCUGUGUAAACCACAGAAAGAAAAAGAGGUCAAAGGUCAGCCGCCAAAGAAGAUUGUGACCUUCUGUUUGACUGGACUGGAGAGUGUCUCCCCAUCUGACUCAGUGGAGCAGGGAGUUGAAGACAGGGAUCUGAGGAAGCUACUGCUCAGCCGUUCACAUCGACGUCAGCCACGCCGCUGUGAAGAACUGUUUGAGUCUCCAAUAAAGACAAACCCUCAGGAGCAUUCUGGCGCAAAAGCAGCACCAAAACCCUCCAAGCUCUGUCCAGAGGAGCACAAUCAUACUUUGUCCUCCUACGUCCAUUCUGCCAAAGACUUGGUCACCUCCACACAUCAGAGCAUCAGCAUACCUUCUGUGCCAACCUCAGAAAUCCAUGUUGCCACAGCAGAAUGUCCUCAGGAAAACCAAGACGUUCUUUUACCCCCCUCUGCUUUCAUGACCACCGGGACUCAAGACAUGUUGGGAAAGCCUCCACUUAUUCCUGCUUUGAAACAACAAUCAUCAGCUUACCCAGAUGUCCAUCUGAGAGCAUCCAGUGGAGAAACUCUAGAAGCAGGAGAAGCCAUAACUCAUUCAACUUCAUCUCUGACCAGUGAACUUGUUAAGAUCCAGACCCACAUGCAGACGUACCAACAGGACAGGAAGCAGCUCCGGGCUUGGCAAAAGCUGAGACAGGUGUUACAAAGUUGGCUGCAGACAAGUGGAAAAGAUGAACAAAUGGACAAGAGCACUGUUUGUGAAGAGCUGAAGGAAUUGGAGGAGCGCAUCGCCCGUCUCUCCACUGACCUGGGUAAACGGAAACCAAUGAUGCUGCUUCAUGCUGAGAGGAUUCAGCAUUUACGGACUGCUCUUGGCGUUGGUGCACUGAGACCACACUGUGUUGUACCCUUAGCUGGUGAUUCUCUAUGAAAGGCUGCAAUCGUCACAGCUUGUCUGGUCAGAACAUGAAUGUUAUGGAUGGCUGACACACACACUCUUUAGUUUUCCACUCUUUUUAUUUUCUUUGACAUUGAAUGUGGUUUCUAAAAGAAGAAUACAAUGUAUAUAAACAUGAAUUCUGUACAAAUAAUAACAUAAUAAGAAAUUUUA